UAAAAAUGACAAGAAUCAAGAAAGAAAAUAAAAUAGAAAAGGAAAAAAAAGAAAGUUAAUUAUGGAAGUCAUGACACACGCAAAAUGGGCCGGUCUAAAUUGACGGUCUCAAAAUGAGACCUUCUGGACCAAGUUUUUGUGAUCAAUUUCAUGUUCUUGGUCUCUUGCAAUGUACUAUGAGUGGUAUGCUUGUAAGACAUCUCACUUAGGCCCAUCACAUAAUUAUCCAUUAUUUCUCCAUUACCCUGCUUACUGAGUAUGAUGAUGGUGAACUAAUUAUUCAUUAUUAGUAUGCAGAAAAAAGUAAAAAAAAUAGAAAUCUUCCAAUUAUAUGGGCAACAAAAUGACACUGGUAAAACCCACGAGCUGACAUCCUAUCCUGUUGUCUUCCAUACUUGCAAAACCCUUUACUCAUUUCCAUUAUCCAAAUUCUUUAUCGUACACAAAUCCUAGAAACUUUCGAAGGAGAGCCUGAGAGGUUCUCUCUUUCUUGCCAUUAUCAUCUUGCCCCAUCUUUACUGGAAUUACUGCUCAACACCGCCCUCACCCGCUCCUGCUUUCCGCCAGCCUCUUUCUCUGCCGUCGACCGCUACGCGCCAGAAAUAACUCGUCUUUUCUCCAUACAACAAUCUGCUUAAAAAAAUUGUUGCGUCAAAGCUGCAAGAAGUUAAUCGGGCAAACCCAAUUUCAAUUGCGAGGAUCACCGGAUCCUCUACCAUUAGAGGGUAGCAGAGCAAUAUAUAACCCAAGAAAUGUGGGCAAUUUAAGCAUUUAUGAUCCGUAUGUGGGAAAUGCUUUUGGUGAGAACUUGACAAAACUUCAGAUUAAAGUUGAUGAUAAACCUGAAAAGAUUGUUGAUGCUCGUUUUAAAACCUUUGAUUGUGGUUCUGCUAUUGCUUGUUGUUCUUUUGGCCUUUGAAGAGCAUCACGAAGAACGCGUAGAUCCGAAGCAGAACCUUCCCAACCAGGCAAAACUGAAAUUGCAGAACGUUUGUCACUCCCACCUGAGAAACUGCAUUGCAGUAUGCUUGUGGAGAAGCUGUUCAAUACUACUACUACUACAUAUAAAAAGAGAUCCGAAGACAAACGGUAGCAGCUCGGUGUCUGCAUCAUCCAACAAGGCUGCUGAGGAUACAAUCAACUGGGCUUACUUCUUAGUAUUAUGGUUUGGCUGUUAAUACAAACAAAUAAAUUGUCUUUGAAAAUGGAUUUUAAACCUUUGUAUUAGUAUUAGGAGUAUAUUGAAUUAUGCUGUUGUGAAGUUUUGUUUUAUCAAAAGCUACGAGAGUAUUGAUUAGUGUGUAAUUUGUCUCCUUUUUUAAGGAUGGAUCAAAAGUAAUGUGAUUAAUCCAAACUUCUAAUUUUUGUUGAUUUCCUCCACUUUUCAAAAAAGGCUCUUAUAGUCUCCUAUAUAUGUUGAGUAAAUUAGACACACUAAAAUUUUUAAA